AUGGUAUCAGAGCACCUUCAUCGGAGCACAUACGCAGCAGCCGUGAUCGGGGAUCGAUCCACAGAUCCGAUCAUCGGAGAAGCCAGUCCGCAGACUCACGCCGCACCACCUCCGAUGCCUGCUUCGAUUCCACAGGAGAAUCCGAUCACUCAGCGAGGCAGAGCUCAAGUUGCGGACGACGUGGAGAAUCCGUUUUUUCUCAGCCAAAAUGAGAACCCCAACGCAGUGCUAGUCAGUCCUCUACUCGCUGGGAGCUCCAACUAUGAAUCAUGGAGUGUAUCAAUGCGGAUUGCGCUAGAAAUUAAGAACAAAUGGUGUAUCAUUAAUGGAAGUGUCGCAGAACCGAGUAGCGAUCAUCAUCUACACGCAGCGUGGAGGAGAUGUAAUCUUAUGGUAUGUUCCUGGAUCCUUCGCUCAGUACAUACUUCCAUAGCACAAAGUAUCUUACAUCUAGAUAGGGCAAAAGAUGCUUGGGAAGACCUGAGACAUAGGUUCUCACAACACGAUGCUCAGAGAGUAUCGAUCCUGCAGAGUGACAUAUAUGGCCUAAAACAGGGAAACUUAUCCAUCAAUGAGUAUUACACAAAGUGUAAGACUCUCUGGGAGCAGUUGAACACUCUAAGACCUCUCCCACAAUGUACAUGCAACGCGAGAUGCAUCUGUAAGUUGACCGAAAAAAUCAGGAACGAAAGAGAAGAGGAUUAUGUCAUACGAUUCCUUCAGGGAUUAAAUGACGAAUACAACAAUCUCAAAUCCAGUGUGCUAGUUUUGGAUCCUCUGCCAGAAGUCUACAAGGUGUUCGUCAUGGCCGAAAAACUUGAGAGACAGAUUACCUUUGCUAAUCUGAGUGCUUGCAACUUGAACAUAGAUGCCACGCAAGCCAAUGCAGUUCAUCCGAAUUCAUCUGAAGAAGUCAUAGCCGCCUUGAACACCUACAAUAAGCGAUAUGGAAACAAUAACAAAGGUGCAAAGUGUACCUAUUGCGGGAUGAGUGGCCACACGAUUGAGAAAUGUUACAAGAAGCACGGAUAUCCACCGGGGUGGAUUCCGGGCUUCAAGUCGAAAGGAAAACAGCAACAAUCCGCAGCAGUAAUUGCUAAUGACCAGGCAGACUCCGCUAACACAUCUGAAUAG